AUGUCAGACUCUUCGACGCUCAACGGCUACGAGGCCCUCGAAGAGAAGCUUGAGCGACUAUUUAAAAAGCCAGGCGUCCGGGCGAGCAUUGUUCUUGACAGAACAAGCGGCGCGAUUCUAAAGACCAGCGGCGAACUAUCAGCUCUUCGAACAGCAAAGGCUCGAGAUGCGGCAACAUCAGCGUCGUUCUCCAACGAGGCUCCUGCAGCGGACGCAAGUGAAUCUCAAGGGGUUGAGGAUUUCGCGGCGAUGAUUUGGAACUUUGUCAAAACGUCUGGCAAUUUGGUGCAGGAGGUGGAUUCAGAGGUCGCUCUACCAAUUCUGGACGCAAACCGAAUUCUUGGGCUAAUGUCGGAACAGGAUGAAAUGCGACUGCUUAGAUUACGAACGAAGAAACAGGAGAUUGUCAUCGUCCCCGAUGCCAAAUACGUUCUCACCGUUAUUCACGACACGCCAUCUGCUUGA